UUUCAAGUUCUCCUUCCUUGCUCUUCAGCCAGAGACAACCACUGCUGUCUCUGGAGGUUUGGCUUCCGCACCCCUGGGAACCUGGAAUCAGAUAAUCCUCAGCCAGGGAUACAUCAGAGUCAGAUUGAUUCCCAAUUUAGGAGGUUUCGCCAUGGGUCGUCCAGGAUUCCCUGUCCUCCAUGUUCUUCUGGGCUUGGCUUGGGCACAGCUGGGAGCUGCCCAAGCCCAGAGAGACUGUGGCAGCUGCUACCAGCUCAAUCCAGGCACCAUUGCCGGCGUGGUGCUGGGGGAUCUGCUGCUGACUUUGCUCAUCGCAUUGGCUGUAUACUACGUGGCUGCCUGCAUCCAUCAACGCCAAUCAGCUGGGGACCUAAAGAGCCCUCCGCAUGAGUCCCCAUAUGAGGAGCUCCAAAUCCGUGGGGUGGAUAUUUACAGUGACCUCAAAAAUCCCAGCCGUGGAAGCUACAAAUAGUCUUCCUUCUCUGUGCUGCUCUUUUGAGCGUCUACGUACAAGAUUGCUGUUCAGUUUCUCCUCUUCAGCAGGCCUACUCAGAAGUUGUACUUUAAGGAAAGCUUUCUAACUAUGAACUUUCAUCUGCUUCUUCUCAAUAUAGAACUUCCUCCACAGAGAUCAUCUGAUCUAUUUUUGUGGAGCGUGUUCUGCCCCCCCCCCCAAUGCAUCAAUUGCAACAUGGUCAGAACUGCCACGAGUUGAGACACAAAGCAGAGCUCUUGGUGGGAGGGGGUUGGGACAUGUGAGCCCACCUUUCUUCAACCAGGACCCCCUUCUUCAAGCAUAGAAGCUCUGGCUGGUGGUGGCCAAAUGCCACUGCAAACCAGGUAAUACUGUGCCAUGCAUAAGGCUAGAGGGGAAAUCCAUUUCGGUUGACAUUUAAAGGCCAGCUUACCUAAUUUCAGAAACAAUGCAUGAAUGGAAGCAAAGCCCUCCUUUGAAAUUUGCACUUUCUCAAAUUUGGCAAUGCAGUUCUCCAGCCAAAAACCCAUAUACAUGAGGAAUAUGUCCAUAUAAAUGCAUAUAUCUGUGAAAAUGACGCACAAGCAGGCAUGAUAUUAGCUUUGCGAAAGUGCAUUUUAGGCAUACAAAAAAAAUCUGUUCAGAGAAAUGUGCACUAUGAUGCUGAUGUAUUUUGAUGAGGACUUAUAAAAAAUAAUUUGCAAGCCACCUGUUAGCUGGUGUGUGGGGUAGCACUGCAGCCGCCGCCACUUUCCUGUGCAUUCUCCAGCCAGCCCCAGAGCAUCAUGGAGAAAGAGCUGGAGAGCAGGGGGAAAUGGACAUUCGGAAGCUUUUUAGAGGGCGCCCCCCCCCAUUUACACGAUUUUUCUUAUGAGUGUGGGGGCCCGCAAGGUAACGCCAGUGCAAAUGGGGGGUGCCUGUAUCAAAUACUCCAAGUAUAUCUUGUAAUAAAUGCAGUGUAAUUAUUCCAAUAAAUAAUUAAACAAACCAAA